UGUAAUGCAGGAACUUCACCCAGAUCUCACUUCCUCUUCAGAUACAAUUUACAGCCACAGCGAUAAAAAACAGUCGCUGUGUUACAGUUUCCCAGCACAGUUCACAAAAUGGAUAACAAUGCUCAAGGAGGUAAAGCUUAUGGGCAUCUUAAGUCUCAACAGGAGGAAAAACUUAACUCCAUAAAUGAGGCGUUUCUCUCAGAUUCAAAGUAUGCAGAUGAGGAAGAUCUGGCAACAAAGCUUGAAAUAUUUAAAAAGAAAUACAUGGAGUUUGAUCUCAACGACAAAGGAGACAUAGAUAUGAUGGGGUUAAAACGUAUGCUGGAAAAACUUGGACUAGCCAAAACUCACUUAGAGCUGAAAAAGAUGAUGUCAGAGGUAGCUGGAGGCCCAUCGAAGGACACAAUCAGCUACCACGACUUCCUGGAUAUGAUGCUGGGGAAACGAAAUGCAAUUCUUAAGCUGAUUCUAAUGUUCGAAGGAAUGGGAAAGGAGCAGGAGCAGAAGGAUGUUGGUCCACCUUCACGCAAAACCUUUUCAGACCUUCCCUGAAGUCUUCAUGACAUCAGGAUAUGUUUUACCGUUUCCUUUUUUUUUUUUUUUUUAAGAGCCCUUCUGGCCCAACCAAGAUGUAAAACAGUGGAAAAUUUGACUGAAAAAAUGUAAAUUAUUUUAAAAUUUGGAGUGUUGUUGCAUAAGUUUGAUAAUAAAAUGAAAAUCACAUAGCCUAAUGUCAAAAUGACUUAUAACUGAUAACUGAUUUUAUUAUUAUUAUUAUUUUACUUUAGAAAAUAUGGGUAUCAAUGUCAUUUUUAUUUUUUGUUACAUCCGGUGUAUUGGAAUUGUUAUUUUAUUAAAA